AUGUCUAUAUUACUGCGUCCUCUGACGCCGAGAGAUCUGCAUGCAUUUGAGAUAAUAAAUGCAGAUAAAUUUACAGAGACUUUUAUUAAUACUUUUUACUUAAAAUAUUUAAACUCUUGGGCGGACUUAUGCUGGGCUGCUGUUGCUGCUGACUCAACUGUGCUAGGAUAUGUUAUAGGAAAGGUAGAGGGAGAGGGCUUAGAGUGGCAUGGACAUCUGACAGCGCUGUCUGUAGCUGCUGAAGCAAGAGGGUCGGGGGUGGAACAGAAGCCCCCAGGCUUUGACCAGCAGCAGCAACAGCAGCAGCAGCAGCAGCAGAAGCAACAGCAACAGCAACAGCAACAGCAACAGCAGCAGCAGCAGCAGCAGCAGGCUAAAGGGAGACGAAGGAAAGGCAAGAAGUAA